GUCCCUUCGUACAUCUCAAGAUCAGUUGCUGGCAGCUAUGAUAAUGAAGCUGUAGCAAUAUUUGCCUUGGUAUUCACAUUUUAUCUGUAUGUAAAGACACUGAACACAGGAUCACUCUUUUAUGCAACGCUCAAUGCUCUCUCAUAUUUCUAUAUGGUCUGUUCUUGGGGAGGCUACACAUUCAUCAUAAACCUUAUUCCGAUGCAUGUGCUGUUGUGCAUUGUAACCGGUCGUUAUUCUUCACGACUGUACAUUGCAUAUGCUCCCCUUGUUAUAUUGGGAACACUUCUGGCAGCUUUGGUACCUGUCGUUGGUUUUAAUGCUGUAUUGACAUCUGAGCACUUUGCAUCAUUUCUGGUGUUCAUAAUCCUUCAUGUGGUUGCUUUUGUGUAUUACAUCAAAGGACUUUUGACUCCCAGGCUGUUCAAAAUGGCUAUGACUCUUGUUAUAACUGUUGGCCUGGCUGUUUGUUUUGCAGUGGUAGCUAUACUCGUAGCGUUGGUGGCAUCUAGCCCAACAAAAGGCUGGAGUGGGCGCAGUUUGAGUCUACUGGACCCAACCUAUGCAAGCAAGUAUAUUCCCAUCAUUGCCAGUGUCAGUGAACAUCAACCCCCCACCUGGCCCUCUUAUUUUAUGGAUAUCAAUGUUUUGGCCUUCUUGGUUCCUGCUGGAAUAAUUUCAUGCUUCUUGCCUUUGUCUGAUGCAAGUUCAUUCAUGGUCUUGUACUUGGUAACUGCGGUAUAUUUUUCUGGAGUGAUGGUUCGGCUUAUGCUUGUCCUUGCUCCUGCUGCGUGCAUUCUAUCCGGGAUUGCUCUUUCUUCAGCCUUUGAUGUCCUCACACGAUCUAUGAAAUUUCAGCUAUCAAAACUAUUUGAUGACGGCCCUGCUAUUGGUAAUGGUAGCCCAAAUGGUCCUAGUGCUAGCAUGGUCAAUACAAGUUCAUCCAAAAAUGAGAAGACUGAAAAAUCUGAAGCAGCUCCAAAGGAAAAACCAUCAAAGAAGAACCGGAAGAAGGACAGAGAAGUGACAGAAAGUGCUUCUGUGAAGCCUAAAAAGGAAAAGAGACUUUCGGUACUGCCUUUGGAAGCAUCUAUUGUGGGCACUCUUUUACUGAUCGCGUUAGGUGGUUUCUAUGUGGUCCAUUGUGUGUGGGCUGCAGCUGAAGCUUACUCUGCACCUUCAAUUGUGUUGACAUCUCGUUCACGCGAAGGAUUGCAUGUUUUUGAUGAUUUCCGUGAAGCUUAUGCAUGGCUUAGCCAUAACACAGAUGUGGAUGACAAGGUUGCAUCCUGGUGGGACUAUGGUUAUCAAACAACUGCUAUGGCUAACAGGACUGUGAUUGUAGACAACAAUACCUGGAACAACACUCACAUAGCAACAGUUGGUACAGCAAUGUCAUCCCCAGAAAAGGCAGCAUGGGAGAUCUUUGAUUCUUUAGAUGUUAAAUAUGUGCUUGUUGUGUUUGGAGGUCUGGUUGGCUACCCUAGUGAUGAUAUUAACAAGUUCCUUUGGAUGGUUCGCAUAGGAGGUGGUGAAUUCCCUCACAUCAAGGAGCCAGAUUAUCUUAGAGAUGGCCAGUACCGUGUUGAUGCUCAAGCAACUCCAACUAUGUUGAAUUGCCUCAUGUACAAGCUUUGCUAUUACAGGUUUGUUGAAACUGAUGGCAAAGGCUUUGACAGAGUAAGAGGAUAUGAAAUAGGAAAGAAGCAUUUCAAGCUAACACAUUUUGAGGAGGUUUUCACAACCCACCACUGGAUGGUGCGCAUUUAUAAACUGAAACCUCAAAAGAACAGGAUUAGGGGCAAGUUGAAGAAGUCGAAAUCCAGUUCCAAAACUAGUUCAACGCUUGCAGCGGGGCGAAAGAAGAACCCAUGGCAAUGAAGAGAAACCGUGUUCCAUUUACUUGAGGCUUGAUAUUGUAGCUCAACUGCACCAAGUUCAAAAGAACUAGAAUACUACAGAACUAGAUUAGAGAUAUCUGCAUUGUUGUGCUCGUAUUUGACCCCCUAAUGUGUUCUUUCUGGAACCAGCCAAAGUUCUGAUAGAAUUUUUGAUAGACGAGUUAUGUUUUUCUCCCCCUUUGUUGGGACGCUA